AGGCUUAUGGCCUUCUGGAGCUGGGAGCAGGGGCUGAGCCAGCCCCUAGGGGGACUAUGAGGUGACAGGGGAGAAGGGGACACACCAGGGGAAGGGAGGGGGCAGGCUGAAAUCUCUUGACAUGCACACUUCCCUUAGCACAUGUGUUCACUUCAGGAAAGUUACUUGAUCUCCCAUGUCUUAACUUCCACAUCGAAAAAAUGGGAAUUGUAAAGACCCUCCUUCAAAUGGUUUUGGAUUGGAACAAUAGAGUUAGUGUAUGUAAAGCACUCUGACAGAGUCUUGUCUACAGCAAAUGCCCUACAAGAGUCUGCUAGGGCUGUUAUGAUUUAGGGCCAGUGUGAAGAUUACAAGAUUACAAGAUCAGACAGGUAAAAAGGAGGAGCCUGAAGACAAUUAAAAGAGAGGGGUCUAGGCUGAGAGUUUCUUUCCAUUCCGCACAUGGGCAAGAGCAGUCAGGUUGGUGAUGGGUUGCAGAAGAAAAGCCCAGCUGUUGUGUGUAGGCUGGUAGCCUACUGCACCAGUCCAGGUAGCAGUUAAGAAGCUGUGGAAGGGGAUGUGGUGGAGAGAGAGGAGGAAGCCAUCUGUGUGUCCAGUGGGAGGCUGCCUGCACAGGGCAAUGCCAUCUCUGAGGUGAUCUAGGGAGGAGCAGGGGGACAAAGGGACAAGGCUUGCCUGACUUUGGUCCCCUUGGUUCUAGGGCAACCUUAUCAGUUUAAUCUCAGCCUGCCUGGAUUCUCGAAAAGGCAGAUUCCUUCUUCUUAGUUUGCUACUCUACUCUUCAAGAAACAGCUAGACUUCUUAAUCAGGGAGUCGUUAAAAAAAUCCACUGCCUGGGGCUGGCAGAUUCCACCCAACUGCCCUCCCCACAUCCAGAAGUAGGCAGCUGCUCUGCUAGUCUAGCCUGAGGACUCAAGAUCAUCAGUAAGGAUUUCCAGCUGUCAAAAACCAAUGGGGCUGUCUCUAAGGAGUGAGCUCCCCGUCCCUGGAGGUGUGUAAGUAGGACAAGGGAGUUGGUCCUGAUAUCUAGGAGCAGCAGCAGAACUUCCCAAGCGAGCCUGCUCACCAGUGUUUCACGACAAUGCUGUGGUUUGGGUAGGUGGGGAAUGAAAACUGCUUUGCAAACUGAAUCAGUUUAAGUCACUGUGCAGACAUCGCAGUGGUGGGCACCAAGGGGUACUGGAAAAGGGGCACUGUGGGGUAGGCCUCGCCCUGACGUGGGGCAGACAGUAGUGGAGGAUAGGAGUCUGGGGAAGGGGCCAAUGCAAGAGGCUGUAGGCAUACCAGCCCCCCCACCCAAUUCAGAGGUCCACGGAGAAGAGCAGGGCUGGGGAGAGGGAUGAUGGGCAACUCUGCCCACAGCCAGAGGGAGGGGAGGGGAAAAGAUAGAAGGUGUGGUCUCCAGCCACUUCUAGACAGGUGGGCCAGGUCUUAAAUCCAGCAACCUGCUUCCUUGAAGUUCCUCUAAUUUUUUUGCAGUGCUUUGUCUAAUUUUACUUUUCUUCCUUCUCUACCCAGUUUCUGUCUCUACCUCUCUUUCUCUGUCCGUAUCCCACAAGCCCAUAUCUGUACUUACUAUGCCUGGCCCAGCCAUGAUCUGUAGGUAACCACUAUGAAGACCUCACACACACGAACAUGCGACACAUGCUACCUCCAUCCCACUCAGGCUGUUCCAUUUGGUCUUCAGGGCAGGUCUUACAACUCCAAGAAGCACUAGAAAGUUCAGCCCAUCCAUCUCUCUGCUUCCGACUCCCAUCAGACCAGAAGGCCCCACUUGCUUUCCAGUGAUGACCCACACCUCUCUGACACCUCUUCCUAUCCUGCCUCUGUAUUAAUAGUUGUCAACAUUUAUAGAUUUACUGAGUGCUACCUUAGGCCAGGCAACGCCCUGACCUCUUCACAUGCUGCCUCACUUAGGAAUGAAUUAGACUGUAUAUAACAUCAACCCCACACAGCUGUUUAGCAAAAUCAACGUGUGUGCUCUUCCCUCAGCAGGAAGGCCCUGCAGCAUCUUGGGGAACUCGGGCUCCUUCCCACCUCGCUGUCCCCAGCUUCCAGGGUUUUGACCCGGAAGGCACAGGUUGGCUGAAGGCUGCAAAAAGUUGGCAAUGGCACCUGACUCCUCUCUCCUCCUUAUCAGGACACCACCCCCAUCUGGGUCUUUCACAGCCCUCCACCAUAGUGGCUCAGGCAGCUUCUCACUGCUGUCUCCUUCACAUACUUCACACAAGGCCAGCCAGCCCCUUGGUGGCCUGGGACUUGGAGUGGAUUCACGUCCAGAGUGGAUAGAGGCUAGAAUACUGUGUCCCAGAUGCUAGGUGGCCCCAAGCAACCAGAGCCCUCUGCCAGCUUUCUGCUGUAAUCAGCUAGCAGACAUGGGUUCUGGCUAAGGGUGAUAGGGUCCGGGAGCCAGGAACUGAGCCACCAUGAUCCCCAGCCUUGUGACUGGGUCCCCACAUCAUCUCUGGGUCUGCCCGUCCAUCUACAAUUUAUGGCUUGUACCUGUGGUCAAAAUGCCCACACACCCUGGGCACUUCCUCUAGCCUUCCUUACUUUCCCCCCGCCCACGUUCUAUGGCCAGAGGGGCCAGGAAUACAUCCCCUGCCCUUGGAGGGUCCUGACUCCAGGAUCCCUGCCUGGGCUGCCCUGCCCUUCAUUUCUUCAGUCACCAAGGAGUGUGCAUGGCCCUGCGGAGAAUGGGUGAGUACCUUAGCCUGGGUAUGCCCCCUGGGAGAUGUCACCAUCACAGACAGAUCCUCAACAAUGGGUGCAAAGGGGCAACUGAAUGCUAAUGGACAGUCCAGGCAAGACGGUUGCCCCUCUUUUGGUCUGAGCACAUCUGGAAGGGCAAAAGAAGGGGAAGAAAGGUCAUUCCAGGCUGAAGGAACAGCCGGUGUGAAGGCUCUGAGGCAUGGACCACGGGGUCUUGAGCCCUUCACAUGGCCAUAGUAGCUAAAAGAGUAUGUAGGUGCAUGGCCCAGGUUAGGCAGUGAGGCUCAGGACAGACCUUGCAGGGCCCCAAACACCUCUGGGUAGGGUUUUUAUCCCACCGUUUGUCCCUAGAGGCUGGUGGCUGACAGUGCCCCUUUCAGUGUGAAGUAAGUCUCUUUACUUUGAUGACCUCCUUCAAAGAUGGGUCACCUUGUUAGUGGUGGGAAUAUGAAGAUAAACUGGUAAACCUGCUAAACCCUACGGGGGCUUCUUCACUGGGCCCCAGUGAAGUGAUUCACACCGCUGGUGACAGGGUGGGGACAAAUUUAAAUCGUUCUACUCCAAAACGAACUCUGGUCUUAACCCGCUGCGGAAAUCCACAACCCCAAACCCUCCCCCACUGACAGCCUAAACAUGCAUCUUUCUCCUAAAGUCACAAUUUCCACGAAUAAAGCCUAGGAAUCUGCGUUUUAACGGGCACCCCAGUGACUCCCACGCAUACUGGCCAGUUCGAGAACCGGCCCCGCACCUUUAUUUAGGCCCCACGAGCCUCAAAAGGCUGGCAGGGACCGCAGAGGACCGACCCGCGCCACCCCGCAACGAUGUGGCCACCCGGCCUUUUCCGGAAGGUUCACGCUCCGGGACGCUGCGCCCCCUCGCGGAGGCCUGGGGCUCGGCUAUUCCAGGCCUCGCAGCGGGACUCCACCAAUACCCGGUCUGGAGGUAACCCGCGAGGGUCCCGCUGGGAGUUCGAAGCAAGGGGUCUUUGGUCGAGGGCGAAAGCCGCCCCUGCCGGGGUGGGGGGGCGUCCAGGUGUCAGAACACCACCCCUGCCCGUUCCCGGAACAGUAUACCUGACGUGGGGACCCCACCUGACUUGGGGGGGGCCUCGCCCCGCCCCCCUCCCGCGCGCAUCAGCUCGUGCGCGCGCCCGCGACCGGUGUACGCAGGCGCUCAGGGGCCGCGCAGCCGCCAUUGCUCUCCUCCUGCGAAGUGGAGCGGCCUCUGAGUAGAAGUCCGCGGGCAAGGAAGGAAGGAGCCCGGUUUGGGGUUGUCUGAGAUUUCUUCACCAGUUGACUCUGUGGUGGACAGAAGUGCUGCUGACCAGACGCCAUUAUUCAGAGUGUCCACCCUGGAGCCAUGGUCCAUGCUUUCCUCAUCCACACCUUGCGGGCUCCACAGGCCCAGGACGCGGGCCUUUGCCGAGUGCUCUACUCCUGCGUCUUUGGUGCUGAGAACUCACCGGAUGACCCACGACCACGUGGUGCUGAGAGGGACAGGCUCCUCCGAAAGGAGCAGAUUUUGGCUGUGGCCAGGCAGGUGGACUCCAUGUGCCGGCUGCAGCAGCAGGCAUCUGGCCGGACACCCAUGGACCUGCAGCCUCAGUCGUCAGAUGAGCCAGUGCCCCUGCAUGAGGCCCCCCUUGGGGCCUUCCGCCUGGCAGCAGGGGACCCUUUUCAGGAGCCUCGGACAGUGGUAUGGCUGGGUGUGCUCUCGUUAGGAUUUGCCCUGGUGCUGGAUGCCCACGAGAACCUGCUGCUGGCUGAGGGCACACUCCGGCUGCUGGCACGCCUCCUCCUCGACCACCUCCGGCUGCUGACCCCCAGCACCAACCUCCUGCUUCGGGCUGAUCGCAUCGAGGGCAUCCUCGCCCGCUUCCUGCCCCAUGGUCAACUGCUCUUUCUCAAUGACCAGUUUGUCCAGGGUCUGGAGAAGGAAUUCAGUGCUGCGUGGCCCCGCUAAUCUCUCACUGGGAUGGGACUUCCUGAUAGGGCAAGGAGGGAGGACAGGGAUGGGUGGACACACAGCCAGGUGAAGCUUGGCAUUGGCCUCCUUCACAACCUGCCCCCAGCUCUGGCAUGGUACCACACACAGGAUAAGGGGACAGCACAAACUGUCCAUAACAGUGGACAGAAGAGGGGGCUGGCCAAAGGACGGUGGGGAGGAAUCCCAGAACAUCCUGUGCCUGGCGUUGCCAUGUAACUUAUUCAUACUGCUGCAGUGGGCCAGCCCCACCUGUCCUUGACCCCAGUUUCUCCCAUCUCCGGCAGCCAGCUACCAAAACAGUCCACCAGUUGCUAGUGUUAGAGCAUAAAGAACAGAACUCAGUCCACUUUCUCAUUCUAAACCCACAGUCAGUCAUUGCAACCCAAAGGGAAUCUGAGACUCCCAGGGUUGGGGAGCUGGCUGCUGUCUUUGCACCCACUUAGGCAACAUUAUCAGUAAGGAUUUUGGGGGCGCCUGGGUGGCUCAGUCAUUAAGCGUCUGCCUUCAGCCCAGGUCAUGAUCCCAAAGUUCUGGGAUGGAGCCCCACAUCCGGUUCCCUGCUCAGCAGGAAGCCUGCUCUCCCUCUCCCACUACCCCUUGCUUGUGUACCCUCUGUUGCUGUCACUCUCUGUCAAAUUAAUAAAUCUUUUUUAAAAAAAUAA